CGCGGACUACAGCUCCCGGCGUGCCCCGGGGAGCGCUCCCGCGGGGCGGAGAGGGCGCCGGCGGGUCACGUGAUCGGGCGCGGUGGGCCCGCGCGGGGCGGGGAGUGCUCGGCGCCGCAUUGGGGCCCGCGGCGGAGUCGCGGAGCCAGCUACAGCACAAAAGUAAAAUCUUGUUUGAACGUUGAAGGAAUGAACACAGUUGUCCUCUCAUCUUGCACUGAAGUGGGUAUCCCUAUAUUUUCUACAACUGAAAUGACUUAUUAAACCUGGAGGCUUCUAAGCAAGAGAACACAAAAAUACCCGGUAUGGCUUCAUCAUCAGCACCUAAAUAUAAUUCCAACUACUUGGACAGUUCCCCAGGUAAAAGGACUCUAAAAGAUGGAACUAACUGGGAACAAAAUGAAGAAAUACCUCGUCUGCCAGGAGAAACUAGAGUUACAGAAAUGCUGCAUUUCUUACAGACAAGGAUGUUAUUUAUAUGUGUCCAUUUAAUGGCCCUGUUAAAGGAAGAGUGUACAUCACAAACUACAGGCUGUACCUAAGAAGUGUGGAAAAUGAUCCAGUUGUGAUAUUGAAUGUUCCAUUGGGUGUAAUUUCAAGGAUUGAAAAAAUGGGAGGAGCUUCAAGCAGAGGAGAGAACUCUUAUGGAUUAGAUAUAACCUGUAAAGAUAUGAGAAAUUUACGGUUUGCAUUAAAACAAGAAGGGCACAGUAGAAGAGAUAUAUUUGAAGUCCUCACGAAAUAUGCUUUUCCCCAGUCACAUAACUUGCUUUUUUUUGCGUUUGCAAAUGAAGAAAAGUUUUCUGAAAAUGGAUGGAUGGUGUACAAUCCCAUGUCGGAAUACAGGAGACAAGGACUGCCUAAUGAACGGUGGCGAGUAACUUUUAUUAAUGAACAUUAUGGACUGUGUGACACAUAUCCAUCGCUCUUAGUAGUGCCGUAUAAUGCAACAGACGAUGAUCUCAAGAAAGUUGCUGCCUUUAGGUCCCGAAAUAGAAUCCCGGUUCUGUCAUGGAUUCAUCCAGAGACUCAAGCUGUUAUUAUGCGCUGCAGUCAACCCCUUGUUGGAAUGAGUGGCAAGCGGAAUAAAGAUGAUGAAAGAUAUCUUGAUAUCAUCAGGGAGGCUAACGGGCAAAUCUCAAAACUGACCAUCUAUGAUGCUAGGCCCAAUGUCAACGCAGUCGCAAACAAGGCAACAGGGGGAGGAUAUGAAAGUGAAGAUGCGUAUCCCAAUGCAGAACUUUUCUUCUUGGACAUCCAUAAUAUUCAUGUCAUGCGGGAAUCUUUGAAGAAGUUGAAGGACAUAGUUUAUCCUAAUGUAGAAGAAUCACACUGGUUGUCAAGUCUGGAAUCAACCCAUUGGUUAGAACAUAUAAAGCUUGUCUUGACCGGAGCUAUUCAGGUGGCAGACAAGGUGUCCUCAGGAAGGAGCUCGGUGGUGGUUCACUGCAGCGACGGCUGGGACCGCACGGCGCAGCUGACGUCGCUGGCCAUGCUGAUGCUCGACAGCUACUACAGAACCGUUGAAGGCUUUGAAGUUCUGGUGCAAAAAGAAUGGAUAAGCUUUGGCCACAAAUUUGCAUCGAGAAUAGGCCAUGGUGAUAAAAAUCAUGCUGAUGCAGACAGAUCGCCCAUCUUUCUACAGUUUAUUGACUGUGUGUGGCAGAUGUCUAAACAGUUUCCUACGGCCUUUGAAUUCAAUGAACAGUUCUUGAUUACAAUCCUGGAUCACUUGUACAGCUGCCGGUUUGGUACAUUCUUGUACAACAGUGAGUUUCUUAGAGAAAAAGAGAAAGUGACUGAGAAAACAUUGUCUUUGUGGUCUUUGAUAAACAGUGAAAAGUCUAAAUACACCAAUCCUUUUUAUACUAAAGAGCUAAAUCGAGCACUCUAUCCAGUAGCCAGCAUGCGCCAUUUAGAGCUCUGGGUCAAUUACUACAUCAGGUGGAACCCAAGAAUUCGGCAACAACAGCCAAAUCCGGUGGAGCAGCGUUACAUGGAGCUCCUUGCACUACGUGAUGAUUACAUGAGGAGACUUGAAGAGCUACAGAUCACAAAUAAUUCUAAGAUAUCAAAUUCAUCAGCCUCAUCAGCAUCUCCCUCACAAAUGAUGUCCCACGUACAAACACAUUUUUGAAGAAAAUGUUGGCUUCAUUCUAUGCUGUGACAGCAAGCGGUGCUUAACAUAGAUCUAUAGCAUAAAGACAAAUAUUUUAAUGCCUUACAUUAGACUGUCCUAACACAAAUUAUUUUAGGUUUUCUUCAUCUGAGGAGGACUUCAAAAGAAGCAAAACCAACUCUUCAAUUACGUGCCUUUCAGAACCUGUGGACUGGGAACAUUAUUAGUCAACUUCUAGUUAUGGAGGGCUCUAAGAGGUAUUUUGCAAAGUGUGGUACAAUUGAAAUGAAAUUGAUUUAUUGUUUUCAUAGGAAUGCUUUAAUUUAUUACAUUCUAGGACAUGUUCCUGUAAGCAAAUUCAUGCUCAGUCUUACAUGUCUUGAAUAAACACAUGAAUGGCAACGGGAAUAUUCACGUUGUGUAAAAUCAGGUAUGUGUGUAUUCCUGCUAGGAAUAUAUUUAUGGGAGUUCAUGAGAUAAAAAUAAAUUCUAUUGUAAGAUUUCAGAGAGAAGUGGUGAAAUUUUCUGGUUACAUAAGAAUUACAAAUUUUACUUUUUUGAAAUACAAAUAUGGAAGGGAUUUCACAAAUAUGUUUCUAAUUAAAAAUUCAAAUUGCUCAGUAGGUAUCAAAAGAAAAGAUUUUUUUUUUUGUAAAUGGAUUUUUUUUAAACAAAUGAGAAUUGUACUGGAUUCUGAGAAGUCCUGUUUUGACUAACUGUCUAGCACUAAAGUAUAUGACAAAUUAUCGCUGUUGGCAGUAUUGGUUCUUUGGAUUAAUACAGAAUAAAAUGGUUCUAAAGAAGAUUUAUAUAAUUAAAACCAAACUCUCAGAGACAUUGCUUAAAUAUCCAGCAGUAGCCAUAGUAUUAAAGCUUGUGUUUGUCUUCUAAAAGUUAAUGUGCCUAUUUAAAGGAGCUUUUAUACCAAAGUAGGCCAAAAUUUUCAGUUACGAAUACUAUUGAAAACUUGUACAUUUAUAGCUUACUGUUUAAUUUAACUUUUGUUCAACAAAUUUAUUGUAAGUAUUUAAGGGACUUCAGUAUACAAGAUUUGCAUAUAGUGUGUGCACUUGGAGUGAACCGUACAAUGAAUUCUAGUUUCAAGCCUUCAUUUCAGAGGCUUCUUGUAAACCUUCAAUUUGAUCCUUUCAGGUGUUUUUUAAAUAGUUGCAAGCACUUCUUAGGACAGCACAAACCUUGCUACUUGCUAUUUAAUUAAAAUUUUGCAUUUUCUCAGAAGUUCAAUGAUAUUUGGGCAAUCCAGGAGAUACUGCAAUUCAGAAUCCGUAGAGGGCUGUAAUAUUAUUUUAAAGGAGAUGUUUUCAUGCUUAAGGCUUCUGUCAUUGUAAAUUAUUGUACAUGUGAUGAGUUUUGAGCUGCAAGAUAUAAUAGGAUUAUAUAUAAAUUAAGUUUUGUGUACGUAUAUAUAAUAUAGUUUAUUAGAAAUUCUGCAAGUUUAUAAAGUGUAAAUAUUUUGCAUAUGAAAACUAAAUUUAAAGCUAUAGUUCCAUAAAGUCAAAUUUUAGAGGACAUAUUUUGAGAACAGUAUUUUUUUUGAAGGAAUAAAAGUGUACCGCCUCUUGAUUUAAUUCAGUAUAUACACUGAAUUGCACUAUUUUUUCCAGGGAAGCUCAGAGCCUAUGGUAUAUAUGUUCUAAAUACACAUGAUUUUUAUUACUUAUUUUUGUCCUCUAAAUUUCAUUUUCCCGUCAAUGUUGUUCAGUGUAUGUUUCCAAAAUAACAACAUUGUCCCAAAAUCUUGACUUGCUAAGGUAAAUAAGAUGCAUUACAUCAGAUAAAUGAAGAAGGAUACUUGAUUCUCAUUAUAUACUUUAUUUUUUGACAGCUAUGCACACUCUGGUUUAUUUGCCUUCUACUUACUUGUGGUUUAUUAAAAAAGCUAUUUUUAUUAGAGUAUUUAAAGUUUCUGUAUUUGAGUUGAACAUGUUGGUGACAUCUCUGAGCAGUGUAGAGAAGUUCAGAAAUUGUAGUAGUUUUUUUACUGUGUAAACACUACGUGGUAACCUAUUGCAUUUGGGAAAGUGUAAUAGAAUGAGAAGGACCUUUUUGCACUUCAUUACAUAUAUACCAUUCUUCGUAUUACUGGUUCAGUCGGAUUUCAGUCUUUGAAGCUCUCUAACGUAGCUCUGUGUGGGCUUGGAUUUUUUUUCAAGUUAACAGAUAAGAUACUUGUUUUAAUUCUGUUUUUACAUGGCAAUAUUAGGCAAACGUAGAGCUGUUCUUAAUCCAGUGAUUUCUGGAAAAUACCACUUUAAAACUGUUGUGCGGGUAAGCAUACAAACUGAUCAAUGUUAACAAAACGUUUCUCCUUUCGCCUUCACUGUGGUGAUGCCUCCUGUGCUCUGGGCAGGUGCAGCAGCUGCCCUGGUCACCAUGGUCUGUGACCUCUUGUACCUGUCACGGCCAAGAUCCAGCCUGGGGAAGCUUUUGAGGUGGCGGAGUCCCAGGUGCCGAGUGCCUUUUUCGGGAGGGGUGGAACAGCAGGGCUGGGAUCUGAACACCAACAGCUCUAAGCACCCCAUCUCCCAUUCAAAAUAUCCACCAUUUACGCUAUUGUGGUUUUUUCCUUUCUGUAUUCUUUCUUCCACGGACCCCAGAAGAUAACCUAGUUUUUGUGCUGGGCUUCAGUUACUUAUUUAGAAAGUUUAUUUCUUGAAUGCCUUAUCCACCCCAGCAUCACUCUUAUGGGUAUACCUUAGAGCCGAUGUGUGUUCUACCUCCUUUUGACGUGUUCUUAAACUCUGCCUUGAGUUCAGUUUUUUGUCUCGCAGUGAGCAUUCAGUGUCAUGCUUGAGAGAGCAGCUUUUUGUAGCUGACCAGCGCUCUCGGGUUAGCACAGCUUCGGCCCCGCUCCUUGGGUAACGCAGAAUGGAGCAGGGCGUCAUUUGCCAAGCGACUUUGGGGCGGGGGAGGGAGAGCUUAACAUCCGUCUGCCGUGUAUUUAUGUGAAGGGGGAAAAUAAUAAAUAAAUAUGUCGGUUUUAAA